AUGAACUGUAAGUCGCACUACCUGACGGCCAGCUGCGUCCCUGCCCAAGAGACUCCGCCUCAGCUUCGCUGCCGCAGGGUUAGCCAGACCUUCCACUGCCCAGCCACACCGGAAUUCCAGAAAGCGGUCAGUGACACCAUCGCCUCAGUGAAGGGCUACAAGCCGGUCACUGAGCUGGGCGAUCAGCCGGACCCGAGUUAUUUGAUCAUCAGGGGCUUGUCUCCUGACAUUGAUGAGCUUUAUUUGUAUUACGUGUUCGCUCCUUUCGGUGCCAUUCAAAGCGUACAGCUUGUCAAGGACGACACGAGCGGCUCAUGCACUGGCACGGCCUAUGUGAAGUUCGGUAUGGCAGAGGAUGCACUCCUAGCCAUACAAACUAUCUGCGGCAAUCCACUUCCUGACGGUUCGACCAUCGGCGUCUUCGUCAAGCCCGGGGCAGGACACCAUGCGCACCUGCGGACAAGCACUGCUUCGAUAAGGUGCCGCAUGAGCGUGGCUUUUCAACGAGCUGUCCAUGCUUCGCAGAGCGACCCCGCAGGCUUCGACGAAACUUGCGCACAAGGCUUGCAGGAUGAAGCGCCAAGCGACACGACACAGUACUGA